GAGCAAACUACAUGGAUAUGGCUUGCUGAGACUCUUUACUAUAAGAUAGCAUUUCAGUUUACACUUCUUGGAGUCUCAACUAAAACCCUUCAGCGUUGAAGCUUCUCUCUCAGAUUUCGUUUGUAUAGCUAUCACUCAGAAUGAAUACUCCAAUGGCCAAUGCCUCUUCCAUCACCCCCGGCUACAUACUGCCUCCUCCCCACCUCUAUCCUCGCCCGCCUAUGUCCUCCCAUAUCUCAGACUUCCACCUCACACUCCUACUUCCUGUUUUAACAUACUGGCUCACUGCUCUUUUCUGGUCCAUCAUCUCAUAUUGUGAUAUUUGGUCUAGCUACCGCAUUCACACACCCGCUGAACUCGAAAGUCGCAACCGUGUCACUGUCCCCCAAGUACUGCGCUCUAUCCUCGGACAACAGCUAUUCCAGACAGCAUGGGGGUUGUUCCUGGGCUAUUAUGUUCUUGGAACUCAGGAGAUGAUAGGGUCAGAGGAUUAUGAUAUCGCCAUGUGGGCGGAGAGGGUUGUGGAAGGAUAUUCCUGGAUACAGUGGAGCUUGAGAAUGAGCAUGAUGGGUUUGGGAUUGGAUCUCGCCAACUCAAAAGGGUCGUUGCAUCUUCCGAUUCGUGUUAACGUCACCACGUCUGAUGGAAGAAUCAUUGUAUGGGAAAUGAUACUUGCGCAAGUAAUAUAUAGGAUUCUUGCACCCGCAGUUCGAUUCGCGAUUUGCAUCUUCAUUAGCGACUCAUGGCAAUAUUUUGGACAUCGCGCCUUCCAUGAAAAUAGAUGGCUAUACCGAAAUAUUCACUCCUUACACCACCGUGUCAACGCGCCUUAUGCAUUUGCCGCAUUUUACAAUACUCUCACCGAAUCAUUUAUCAUGGAUACCUGCGGAAUCAGCAUCGCGUUUUACUUUUCCGGACUUCAUAUGCGUGAGGCUCUAGUCUUCUCCGUCAUCAGCGUAUUGAAAGGCGUUGAUGAUCACUGCGGAUACAGACUCCCUUGGGAUCCCAUCCAAUGGUUGGGCGAACAAGAUACUUCGUUUCAUGACAUCCAUCACCAGACUUGGGGUGCUACCACAAAUUAUUCGCAGGUUUACACAACAUUCUGGGAUCAUGUUUUGGGAACGAUAUCUAAAAAGACACCGGAGGAGAUAGAUGAGCUUUACAAGAAGGGAAAAGAGAAUGCGGAAAAGGCUAAGAAAGUCAAUUGAGAUCUACGAAUAGAGUAGAAUGAUGUGGAACGGGUUCAGAAGCCGAUGAUGGUGAAAUGGAGCUUGAAGUUUGAGAAAGAAAAAGUGGAUGGUGUGCAGACGAAGUCGUUGAACGUAUGAGUGGAUAAUUUUCCUUGCGUCUAAUUCCUGGUGAUGUUUUAUAUUUCAAGAUUUUCUGUACCAAAUAUGGGUUCUGAAAUACUUCUCUAUUGUAUUUUUCAGCUUAGUCCGUGGGAUGCAGGAUGAAUUUUAUUGAUUACACUACUCAAAUCUCGAAUACCGUCCAAGAAAUCGCCAGGAUGUUAGAUUUGGAUCUUCAAAUGCUUGUUCUUAUCUUACGUGUUCUGUGUGUGUCACAAUGAUGUGCAGCUGAAGUUGGAUUUCAAAAAUGCCGAUGUACUAUAAAAUCUCUCAAUAUCAAUGCCAAUAAAUGACGUACUGUGA